GCGCGGGGGGGCCGGAGCGGCGCCGCGCCCUCGCUCCGCGUCCCGGGCGGCGUCUCAGCGCAGCCAUGUCUGGCGGCGCGGGGCGGCGAGGCGCGCUCGGGCGGCGGCGCCCUCUGUGAGGCGGCGGACGAGCGGCGGCGGCGGGCAUCCAUGUCGGCGGGCAGGGAUUAGCGCGGCGGGCACCCAGCCGAGCGGAGGGGGCGGCCGGCCCGUCGCCCCCUUCCCGCGGGGUCUCCGGCGGGAGCGAGCCGUACCCGGCUGGCGGGGGCGGGUGGACAUGGCUGACCGGAGCGCGCCGAGCUGCCACCUGCGGCUGGAGUGGGUCUACGGCUACCGGGGUCAUCAGUGCCGCAACAACCUCUACUACACGGCCGCCAAAGAGAUCGUCUACUUCGUGGCGGGGGUCGGCGUGGUCUACAGCCCCCGGGAGCACCGGCAGAAAUUCUACCUGGGGCACCAGGACGACAUCAUCAGCCUUGCUUUACACCCCGAACGUGUGUUGGUGGCAACAGGUCAAGUUGGGAAGGAACCAUACAUCUGCGUGUGGGAUUCAUACACUGUGCAAACUGUAUCUGUCCUGAAAGACGUUCACACACAUGGCAUAGCUUGCUUGGCCUUUGAUUUAGAUGGUCAGCGUUUGGUCUCGGUUGGUUUGGAUUCGAAAAACACGGUUUGUGUGUGGGACUGGAGAAAAGGAAAAUUGUUAUCAAUGGCUCCUGGUCAUACAGACAGAAUAUUUGAUAUUUCUUGGGAUUUAUACCAGCCAAACAAGCUUGUCAGCUGUGGUGUAAAACACAUCAAGUUCUGGAGCUUGUGUGGCAAUUCCUUGACACCAAAACGUGGUGUCUUUGGCAAGACUGGUGAUCUCCAGACUAUCUUGUGCCUGGCCUGUGCAAGGGACGAAGUGACGUACUCGGGUGCACUGAACGGAGACAUUUAUGUGUGGAAAGGAAUCAACCUCGUGCGGACGAUACAGGGAGCACAUGCUGCAGGAAUUUUCAGCAUGAAUGCGUGUGAAGAGGGGUUUGCCACUGGUGGCAGGGAUGGCUGCGUUCGCUUGUGGGACUUAAAUUUUAAACCAAUUACUGUGAUUGAUCUCAGGGAAACAGACCAGGGGUAUAAAGGUCUCUCUGUAAGAAGUGUUUGCUGGAGAGGAGACCAUAUACUCGUUGGGACACAAGAUAGUGAAAUUUUUGAAAUUGUGGUGCAUGAGCGUAAUAAGCCUUUCCUGAUAAUGCAGGGGCACUGUGAAGGAGAGCUGUGGGCCUUGGCUGUCCAUCCUACAAAACCCCUGGCCAUGACUGGAAGCGAUGAUCGAUCAGUCAGAAUCUGGAGUUUAAUAGACCACGCUCUGAUUGCCCGGUGCAACAUGGAGGAGCCCAUUCGCUGUGCUGCUGUUAGUACUGAUGGGAUCCAUCUGGCUCUCGGAAUGAAGGAUGGCUCUUUCACUGUGCUUCGAGUCAGAGAUAUGACUGAGGUUGUUCAUAUCAAAGACAGGAAAGAAGCUAUUCAUGAACUCAAAUAUUCUCCAGAUGGGAAUUUCCUAGCUGUUGGCUCCAAUGACAGCUCUGUGGAUAUAUAUGGAGUUGUUCAGCGGUACAAGAAGGUUGGGGAAUGUAUUGGAUCCUUAAGCUUCAUCACACAUAUGGAUUGGUCUUCAGACAGUAAAUACUUACAGACCAAUGAUGGCAAUGGAAAGAGACUUUUUUACAGAAUGCCAGGUGGAAAAGAAGUAACAAACAAGGAGGAAUUGAAAGGCAUUCAGUGGGCAUCAUGGACCUGUGUUUCUGGCCUUGAAGUUAAUGGAAUCUGGCCCAAAUAUUCUGAUAUAAAUGAUAUAAAUUCUGUGGAUGCCAAUUUUAUUGGUCAAGUUAUGGUUACAGCUGAUGAUUAUGGAAUAGUAAAGCUCUUUCGAUACCCAUGUCUAAGAAAAGGAGCAAAGUUUAAAAAAUAUCUUGGUCAUUCUGCUCACGUGACAAACGUCAGGUGGUCGCACGAUCACCAGUGGGUUGUCUCCAUUGGGGGAGCUGAUCACUCUGUCUUUCAGUGGAAGUUUGUCCCCGACCGCAAGCUGAAGGACACUCUUCAUAUAGCACCCCAAGAGAGUCUGGUUGAUUCUAAUAGUGAUGAAUCAGAUUCAGAUCAGUCUGAUGUUCCAGAGCUGGACUCUGAAAUUGAACAAGAGACACAGAUCACCUAUCGUCGACAGGUUUACAAAGAAGAUCUACCUCAACUUAAAGAGCAAUGCAAAGAAAAAAGAAAAAGUGCAGCUUCUAAGAGACGUGAGCGAGCCCCAGGGAACAGUAUAAGACUACAUUUUGUUCAUGGUUACAGAGGCUACGACUGCCGAAGCAAUCUCUUUUACACGCAGACGGGUGAAAUCGUGUACCACGUGGCAGCAGUGGGAGUGGUGUACAACCGCCAGCAGAACACGCAGCGCUUCUAUCUGGGCCAUGAUGAUGACAUCCUUUGCCUUGCUAUCCAUCCCUUAAAGGACUACGUGGCAACUGGCCAGGUUGGUCGAGAUUCCUCGAUACACAUUUGGGAUACAGAAACAAUAAAGCCACUUUCCGUAUUAAAGGGCUAUCACCAGUAUGGUGUUUGUGCUGUUGAUUUUUCAGCGGAUGGGAAACGAUUGGCUUCUGUUGGAAUAGAUGAUAAUCACACGAUCGUACUCUGGGAUUGGAAGAAAGGAGAAAAGCUUUCAGCAGUAAGGGGAAGCAAAGAUAAGAUUUUUGUUGUUAAGAUUAAUCCUUAUAUGCCUGAUAAAUUGAUUACAGUUGGAAUUAAACACAUGAAAUUCUGGCGGAGAGCAGGAGGAGGACUAAUUGGGAGAAAGGGCUGCAUAGGUGCAUUGGGAAGAACUGACACAAUGAUGUGUGCAGUGUACGGCUGGACGGAAGAGAUGGCAUUCUCUGGAACCUCCACGGGGGAUGUGUGUAUUUGGAGAGAUGUGUUUCUCAUAAAAACUGUCAAAGCACAUGAUGGUCCUGUGUUCAGCAUGCACGCAUUGGAAAAAGGAUUUGUCACUGGAGGAAAGGAUGGGGUGGUGGCUCUCUGGGACGAUACCUUUGAACGCUGUCUCAAAACCUAUGCCAUCAAAAGGGCUGCUCUGGCUCCUGGAUCCAAAGGUCUCCUCUUAGAAGAUAAUCCUUCUAUACGUGCCAUAUCGUUAGGACAUGGUCAUAUUCUAGUGGGCACAAAGAAUGGUGAAAUAUUGGAGGUGGAUAAAAGUGGACCAAUAACUCUGCUGGUUCAGGGUCACAUGGAGGGGGAAGUUUGGGGUCUAGCUACUCAUCCUCAUUUACCUAUUUGUGCCACUGUAAGUGAUGACAAAACCUUAAGAAUAUGGGAUUUAUCUCCUAGCCAUUGUAUGUUAGCUGUUCGCAAAUUGAAAAAGGGAGGCAGAUGUUGCUGCUUUUCUCCUGAUGGAAAAGCAUUAGCUGUUGGUCUCAAUGAUGGAAGUUUUUUGAUAGUUAAUGCAGAUACCCUGGAGGAUUUGGUCUCUUUCCAGCACAGGAAAGAUGUUAUUUCAGAAAUCAGAUUUUCUCCUGGGGCUGGGAAGUACUUGGCUGUGGCAUCCUGUGACAACUUUGUAGAUAUUUACAAUGUAAUGAGCAGUAAAAGAGUAGGAAUCUGCAAGGGAGCCUCCAGCUAUAUCACACACAUGGACUGGGACAUAAGAGGAAAACUUCUGCAAGUCAACACUGGUGCUAAAGAGCAGUUGUUUUUUGAAGCCCCUCGGGGGAAAAAACAGACUAUUCCGAGUUUGGAGGUAGAAAAGAUUGGCUGGGCAUCAUGGACAAGUGUUUUGGGCUCUUGCUGUGAAGGGAUCUGGCCAAUAAUUGGUGAAGUCACAGAUGUAACUGCUUCAUGCCUCACUAGUGACAGUAAAGUAUUAGCCACAGGAGAUGAUUUUGGAUUUGUGAAACUGUUUCGAUACCCUGCUAAAGGGAAGUUUGGAAAAUUUAAGAGGUACGUUGCUCACAGCACCCACGUGACAAACGUGCGCUGGACCUACGAUGACAGUUUGUUGGUCACUGUCGGGGGAGCAGACACCUCCUUGAUGCUGUGGACUUAUGAGAUGGAAGGACAUCGGGACAGCAGGCAGUGUGACAGUGAGGAGUCUGAUCUAGAUUCUGAAGAAGAUGGAGGUUAUGACAGUGAUGUGACGAGGGAAAAUGAAAUUAAUUACACCAUCAAAGCCUUAUCAACAAACAUUAGACCAAUGUUUGGAAUUAAGCCUCAUCUGCAGCAAAAGGAGCCAACCUUAGAUGAAAGGCAGGGGGUAGUAAGACCACCAGUUAGUAGGGCAUUGCCACAGCCUGAGAAACUUCAGACAAAUAAUGUGGGGAAAAAAAAGAGACCCAUAGAGGACCUAAUUUUGGAGCUGGUGUUUGGGUAUCGAGGCAAGGACUGCAGAAACAAUGUGCACUAUUUGAAUGAUGGUGCUGAUGUAAUUUAUCACACUGCAUCUAUUGGCAUCUUGUAUAACGUGGCAACAGGCUCUCAGUCAUUUUACCAGGAACACAACGAUGAUAUUUUGUGCCUCACUGUGAAUCAGCACCCCAAGUUUACCAACAUAGUGGCAACUGGCCAAGUAGGAGACUCAGCAGAUAUGUCAGCUACAGCUCCUUCUAUUCACGUGUGGGAUGCAAUGAACAAGCAGACACUGUCGGUUCUGCGGUGCUACCAUUCCAAGGGCGUUUGCUCAGUCAGUUUCAGUGCCACUGGCAAACUGCUGCUGUCCGUAGGGCUGGAUCCCGAGCACACCAUUACCAUUUGGAAGUGGCAGGAAGGUGCCAAAAUUGCCAGCCGAGCUGGUCAUAACCAGCGUAUAUUUGUAGCAGAAUUCAGGCCAGAUUCAGAUACUCAGUUUGUUUCUGUGGGAGUAAAACAUGUAAGGUUCUGGACACUGGCUGGAAGAGCUCUCCUCAGUAAAAAAGGGCUGCUGAGCUCCAUAGAAGAUGCCCGCAUGCAGACGAUGCUUUCUGUAGCUUUUGGAGCGAAUAACUUGACAUUUACAGGUACUAUCAGUGGAGAUGUUUGUGUUUGGAAGGACCAUGUGUUGAUACGAAUUGUGGCCAAGGCUCACAAUGGACCUGUUUUCACCAUGUACACCACACUGAGGGAUGGUUUGAUUGUUACAGGAGGCAAAGAAAGGCCCUCAAAGGAAGGAGGAGCAGUCAAGCUAUGGGACCAGGAGCUGAAACGAUGUCGUGCCUUCAGACUAGAGACAGGACAAAUGACAGACUGUGUUCGCUCUGUUUGUAGAGGCAAGGGCAAAAUUCUUGUUGGGACAAGAAAUGCUGAAAUAAUUGAAGUUGGAGAGAAAAAUGCUGCAUGUAACAUUCUAAUUAAUGGUCAUAUGGAUGGACCCAUCUGGGGCCUAGCAACGCAUCCAUCGAGAGACUUUUUCCUUUCUGCUGCAGAAGAUGGCACAGUAAGACUUUGGGAUAUUGCUGAAAAGAAGAUGCUCAACAAAGUCAGCUUAGGACAUGCAGCACGUACUGUUUGCUACAGCCCAGAAGGUGAUAUGGUAGCUAUUGGCAUGAAAAAUGGAGAAUUUAUUAUCCUGCUUGUGACCUCUCUAAAAAUUUGGGGGAAAAAACGGGACAGAAGAUCAGCAAUUCAAGAUAUCAGGUUUAGCCCAGAUUCUCGUUACCUAGCAGUUGGCUCCAGUGAGAAUGCAGUGGAUUUUUAUGAUCUGACUUUGGGUCCCACACUAAAUCGAAUCAGCUAUUGCAAGGAUAUCCCAAGUUUUGUGAUCCAGAUGGACUUCUCUGCUGAUAGCUCUUAUCUCCAGGUCUCUACGGGGUCUUACAAAAGGCAAGUGUAUGAAGUGCCUUCAGGAAAGCAGCUUGUGGACCAGGCUGUGAUUGACAGAAUAACGUGGGCUACUUGGACAAGUGUUCUAGGGGAUGAAGUGAUUGGGAUCUGGUCCAGGCAUGCUGAAAAAGCUGAUGUGAACUGUGCUUGUGUCUCUCACUCGGGAAUCAAUCUCGUAACCGGCGAUGAUUUUGGCAUGGUCAAACUCUUUGACUUUCCAUGUCCUGAAAAAUUUGCAAAACACAAACGAUUUUUAGGUCACUCUGCCCAUUUAACUAAUAUUCGAUUCACAAGUGGAGACAGAUACGUGGUCAGUGCUGGAGGGGACGACUGCAGCUUAUUUGUUUGGAAGUGUGUGCAUAUGCCUCAUUGAGAGAGACAUGGAGACUUGCAAAGAGGAAACUGCAUGAAGUACCAGGCAUGAAACACCCAGGAUUGCAAUGUGACAUUCUGCUGUGCCCUGCAUGCGUAAGAAGUGACCCAAGACACAGAGCAAUCUGUCUCUGACAGACAGGACCUGGAGUCUGCCAGAAGGAUGGACACACUGAGGCUGCUAGUUUUGCUUCAGUGUCAGAAAAUCUGGGUUUGUAUUCCACUCACUGCCAGAUGUUGAAAACAAAAUAUGUGGAUGAAAGGAAAAAGUGAAUUGUUAAUCAAUGUACAGUUUCACAGCAAGUUCUUGGGGUGUUAAUCAAGAGAUGCUAUUUCUGACCUAGUGCUGUACAUUGAUCUAUUUUCAGCAUGAAUGUUUUUCCUUUAAGUUUUGAGAUCUAAAUAGCAUAGAUAAGAAGAGUAUUCCAUAUUUUAUUACUGAGAGAGACCAUAUAUUAACUCUUAAAUAUAUAGUAUUUUAAUAAAUGUUUAAUUAUUAUAAUAGAAAUUAUAUUUCUAUGGCUGGUCAAAAGGAAACCAUAUCUAAUGAAGCAGAAAAUGAUAGAGUUGAUUCCUUAUGACUGAAAUAUUUCUGUAUUUAGAGGCCUGGGUCACAGACAUGUCUGGUGAAAGCCGUUGGAUAUGCAUGAUCUUCAUGGCUAAUUUAGUGUUUUUGUUGCACUUAAACAUUAAAUUAGUUCUAUGAGCAAAAACAGAUUUGCUCACUUUGCGAGUGCCUUGCCCACUACCUAAAAGUCUAACUCCAAUUUUUGCCUUGUGAAUAAAAGUAUUCUCAGUGGAAGAGAGAUUAUUGCUGUGUUACUUGACUGGGCUGUGAGCCUCUCUGCUGGAAAUGAGGACCAGGGUGAGGAUUUUGUAGUCUUCUUGUUGAUAAAGUUUGGGAUGUCAGCAGUGGCAAAAAUAUAAUUUCAGAGCAAUAUGAAUUGAUUUUAUUUUCUCAGCAUAAUAGGGAAGAUUCAGAGAGAACUUUCCGAGCAUUAUAUUUUAUACAUUGGAACUUUUUAAUAGCGUUAGGACUAGCUGGGAGAUGUCUCUAUUCAGAUUUCUCUUCUGACUGUAAAAAAUGUCCAGUCAUCUGCUUCUUUGAAUGGACCUGCUGUCACCUCGAGCAUCUAUUCUAUCCUACAAAGCAACUGAGAUUUUAAGUUGGAAAAACAUUUCUGUGAUAAUAAGAUCCUGAACAAAGCUGUGUUUUGGGUACAGGUGAGGAAGGUUUCAUCAGCUGUUUGUCUAAAUCAUGCCAUAGAGAAACAUUACAGACAGUUAAUUUUCAUGCAAUAUAGCAGGGACCAAAAAUCACUAAUUAUCAGCACUGGUCUCAUUGUGGCAUUCUGCUGUGAAGAGAAAGCUUUCUUUCUGUGUAAGCCAGCAUUGCUUUGACAGUGGCAUUUGUUUAGGUCAGUCAAGAGGCUUUGGUAUUUUUCAUCUCUUGCAUUUUCUUAUGCCAGAUGAAAAAUAAAUAAACCUCAUCUCUUCUUGUAAUCACCUUAUGUGCGUGUUGGUUACAGAGGGAAUGGGAGAGCUUGCAGGCAGAAGAGAAGAAGGAGAAAAGUUACAGAGCCAGACUUUUGUGCUCUCCUUGGUAUGUGCUAUACAAAACUAGUUACCCAACUGUCUUAGCUAAUAUAUUUUAUAUAUCAAUCUAUAAUGAAUAUUUAUUUUAAAGAAGUUGAUGAACUAAACAGUUUCCAGGUUUCUCAGCAAGAUGGUUCUUAGCAAAGUCUUGCCAGUCAUGCGGCUGCUAUUCUACAGGAGCAAAAACUCUGAGGUUUUGGUCAUGAGUGUACAGGGAGAUUUUGGCAGUAAUGUUUUUGAGUUUAGGGGAAUUGCAUAUUAGAAGUGUGAUGUAUCUCAUAACCUUGUUUCCUGUCUGUCUAUUGUACAUGAAAAUUAGUCUCUAGUGUUUAUAUCUUCUCUUUACCAGAGAAAUGGUUUGCAGUGUGCUCUUUUAUGGCUGUGAUUCUAUCCCUUAUUAAACACAUCUGUGCAGGACUUUUGCACUUCAAGUAAGAUUUGUCCUGCCUCUAUUUUAAAGUUGCCUUUCAUUGGAUCAAGAUGGAUGAUUCUGAAGAGCUCACUCAUAGUCUGUCCUACUCAGACUGCCAGAUCAAAGUCCAUAUUUUUCUGUCUCUGAGUUUUCCCCACAAAAUCCUAGGCUCUGCGAGCUCUUCUGUAGGCCUUCACCCAGUGAAGGAGGUAUGUGGAUCAAGAGGCUUUCGUCCUUGAAACCCUGACACUGAUCCUCUUCUCUGCUCCUCCCUCCCCUAUGCCCUUCAUGAAUGCUGUGCCUCUCCACUGAUAAUUUGUCCAUUGGUGCUUUUCCCCUGAGGAAUCCCAAAGGCCACACCAGAGCUGAAGGAUGAGGAGAAAGAGGGGGGUGGGAGGAACCGGGCUGCAGCCUCCAGGUCUCCCUGCUUCUUCAGUCUCUUCCAAACCUCACUGCUACUGUAAAGGGCUGGGAUGGGAGCUGGAAGCUGAGGAGCUCUUUAAAAACUAAACUGCCAGCAUUGUUCCUCCUCCUGCAGCCUGUGUUGGUAACCAGUGUUUUCCCUGGUGGAACUGCUCUGUGGUUUGCCAGGUAAAAACGGGGGCAGCCAGCUGGGAAUGAUCACAAAUGUUGAAGAGAGGAGUGAGUAGAGCCUCAGUCGCAGUUUGGAGCAUAAUGUAGCUGUGAUUCUCUGCUGAAGGGAAGAGCUGCCUGUCAGCAUGGUCCAAGCUGGCAGCUUUAUGGUGUUUUUGGUCUUUUUGUCUGUGAUGGUGCUUGCUACUGUGCCUCAUUUGCUGUUUACAUUAAAUGCUACUGUAGUAACUUGCUAAUUGUUGCCACCCAUGCUUGAAGCGUGUGUACAUGGGAAUGGGCUGCCUGUUCUGAUGGGCACUGGGAGCUCGAGGCUGGAUGCUCCACAGAGAAGUCAGAGGAGGACAAAACCCUGUAGGACAAGUCAGGGAAGAAGCUGGAAUGUGGAAGGACUAGUGACAGCCUUUCAUCUGGAAGCAUCAGAGAGGACUGAGAGCAGGAGGGCUUUGCCUGAAGCUGGAGAAAACCUCUUCUGCACCAGGGAAAGGGAGGCAAAAGGUCUUUGUAUAAAUUUAAUAAUUUAUUAUUAAAUGGAUUAUUAAGUGGAUGAUUUUUUACUGUAGCUUGUCUUUUUGGUUAGCAGCAAACAUACAUCUUUGAGAUCUUUAGUCAGCAAUAUUUUUGGUAAUAAAAGAAAUUAACUUGAGAACUGAGUAAAAAUAAAAUAACAUUUCAGUUAAUAAAAUAAGUAUGCCCUUGAAAGCUAAUAAGCAUACUUAGAAAACAGAUAAUAAGGAAAAUUCAGCCUAGGAGCAAGGAAAUAUAAAAAAUAAACACAUUUAGAACUGAAAGUUGCCAUAGUGCAGGAACUGAAAAACACAGCUGGGAAUUAGGUGAGACACAGCAAAUUAGCCAAAUAUGUAGAAUCAUUUAGACUUGAUUAUUUUUUUUUUUUAAUCUCAAGAAGGCAGUCAGCAUAUAUGACUUUCUUAUUUUGCUAGGGAAAGCAAGAAAUGCUGUGAAACUAAAGGAUAAGAUUUCAGAAAAUUCAGAAAAUUAUCUAUCUCUCUAUUAUAUCACUUGGUGACAGCUGAGGAAAAGCACACACAGCAACUUCUGACUUUGCUCUGUGUCAAGGUUUCAGUGUUAGCAAGAUUCAUUUGAGCAUAACUGAACUUUCUACCAGUCAGGUUAAUGCUAACCUGGACUUGUGCCAUCAGAAAGUAGGUCCAGCAGGUGAGACAUCUCCUCAGUCUAAAACAAGACCAAAAUCAAGGGCUUCAGUACCAAGAGCAGGACUUUGAUAGCAUUCAGGAGUGGCUUAGUUUAAAACCAUGAUCCAGUUCUCUCAGCUGCUGCCUGAAGCACCUGAGCCCCACUGUUUGAGACCCAGCACCCUUGAGCCGCCCUGAGCCCACCGUGCAUCACCUCCCCUGCCUCGGGAUCCUGCCCAGCCUGGGCUGGAUGGGCUGGACAAGGUGUAAGAGUCUCACAAGCAAAGGAUCUUGGCUUCAAAUACAGCAUUUGAUUGGGCAAGGUGACAUAUUCCCUGUUUCAUUAUCAGUGUCAGAGAUGUGACCAGCCUUAAUCCUGAAAGUGUUUUUUUUUUUUUAAUAAUUCUGUUGGCAUAAGCUACAGAAAAGAUGUCAUCUUGUCAAUGUUUUGGACAAAGCAGAGCAUCCUGUAGACUCUACAGAAGGGGAAGUAAGACUGCAAAUCACAAAAUGAAUUGCUGCAUCAGUGAUGUAAACACCCCUAGUUGCAUUGCAUUUGUGUGCUUUUUUGUUCUGUUUUUUUAUGCUUCCUUGCAACUGGCUCUGUUUUUCUAAAAUUUUUAACAGCAUUUGAUUUCUCCUCACGUGGAUAGAUCCAUGUGCUUGCCAAAGCCUGCUGUUGUUCUUCAUAUCAUUCACUGUUGGUUAAUUAUACCAAGCCCAUUUAUUUUGUUGGCCCUGCCUUCUGCUCUUCACUUAGCUUUCACUUCAGACUUAAACUCUACAUAUCGCCUUUUAGAAAUACAAAUAGAAUAGUUUUAAGUGUCUAAUAUGCAUAAAAGCCACAAUAGGUUUCCUUGCCAAAAUCAUUUGCAUCUAAGAAGUCCUAGGUGGUUUUCUCCGUCUAUUUGAUGCUAGAACAGGUAAACGCUCACUAUCCUUUUCUCUCAGUUUACCAUCAGCAAAUCAGCCAAAACCUCGAUACCUUGAUCUGUUUUUUUGUUAACUGUGAGAUCAGAAAUCCAACCUAUUCACUACUUCUUUGGAAAGGAAGAGGGAAAAAAGUAUGGAACACGUGUUCCCUUCUCCUUCCCUUCUGUUUAAAACAAAACAACAAAAGGUGUAAGGUCUUAGCAGUAGGCAAUUCUUCUAAUUUCCAUAAUGUUUAUCAUUUCCUCUUCUUUUUGGAAUUAUGGAACAUAGGGUGGAAGAAGCAGUAACAGGAAACCAGUAAACAAACAUGGAGAAAAGGCAGAAGAAAGGAAAGCAGAGAAAGGAACACUCAAAAAUAGGCAAAGGCUAUUUUUGACAGAAAAUAGAAAGAAGUGACAUGGGUGAUGGUGAGUGGCAAACAUCUUGUUUCAAGUGGGAAGCAUUCAGUGGCUGCUUGGGAAGUGUAAGUGCUGGAGAGCAGCAGAGUGCUCAGGGAAAGGCUGCAGGCAACUUUGGUUGCUCUGUUUAUGGGAAGAUGCAGCCACUCCCACUCACUGCUGUCUGCACUCCUGUACCUGUGGGACACCUGUUCAGAGCUGAGGUGCAGCACAAACAGCAGGUUACCCACAGCUGCAGUGGAACAAAGAAAGUGCUAUUAAGACAGAAGUGCUCUGUAGUACUGAGAGCUCAGGCAAAAGAUUGGAAGGAUCUAUUUUAAAAGGCUACUUAUCUUUCCACCUAAACCAAACAUGGAUUAUUUUCAUAGGCCUCUUCUGAAAAUGUUCUUCAAACAAAAAAUAUUAAACCAAAGAAAUAUUAUACUUCAAAAAACUCUUCUUAACCAAGAUGUUGCAAUUACUGCCUCUUGUUUCUUUCUUAUUCAGCAGUUCUUGAUUCUGUUCCCAGGCAUUCACAACAUUUAAGGUGACAGACAUGAAAGCUGUGGGCUUUUACAUUUAACUCAAAGUGUGACAGCCAGAGGAACCUGCAGAGAGUGGUUCAGAUCCUACUUGAGCCAAAUUUUCCUUCAGUGGUUCCAUGCCAUGGGCCUUCAAAUAUAUAGGAAGUCAGGUGAAUGUAAUUAGACCCAACAAAUACAUCUGAGUAUAUAAAUCAGUAUAUAUCAGAGAAAUAAAUCAGUAUAAAAUUCUUGAUUUUAUCCCAUAGUAAACCAUUACUAAGAAAGGAAAUAAUGAUGGUAAACUUUAUGUAAAAAAACCAAUCCAAACUCAUUAUAGGUGCUGGUUAGACAACUGGAUUUUUCUUGUAGCAACUCUUUGUAAGAAACACAAAAUUUGCGCAUGAAUAGCAGGACUGAUCCUUCUCCACUUGCAAGAAGGCAGUCAAGUUUGGGACACGAGAGGCAGGAUGUUCCUGUUGCUUGGUAUGUUUGGAUUUCUCUUCCAGAAGCCAAAAUAGGUGUUUCCUUAGUUUCUAUUGCUGUUUGUGGGAUACCUUCAAGACCCUGCAAAGUGAUUUUGCCCUUUGCAGGACCCUAUCUUGCUUAGUUUGGGCACUGAUGUCAUGUGAGAGCUUAUUGAAAAACAGAAAGAAACCAAAAACUCAAAUGUUUUUUGUUUUUUAAUGAUAUCCCCCAAAGUAUUGUCAUGUUUGUUCCAGUGAUGUGAAGAUCGUGUGACUUGCACUGUUUGUAAAGGAAAGCAGGUUGUGUCCACUCAACUACUCAGUGGCACCCACAUAACGGGUGUGUUAAACCAGAGGAUUAAGGCCAGUUGUGCUUUACCAGUUUUCUGAGAUGAAGGGACAAUUGCCAUUGUCCCAUUGUGAGUGGUGCUGCAGAGCUCAUAAAGCUGGUGCUGCCUUCAGCUGCUCUCAGUGGGGCUGAGGAAGAAGACGAGGCCAUAAGAACAAAAUGUAAAUUACUGCAAGCAUUGCAUUGGUGGGUUCUGAAAAAGGGCUGUAGUAGAGGGGUAUUUUAGUUUCAGUCCUCUGCAGGAUUGUAAGCUUUUAGGUAAACAAAGACAUGUUUAUGUAAUAUCUUCCAUUAUUACUUUAGUAGCUUUGGCUCUUACUACUCUGCCUCCUUUCCACAGAAGCCCCUAUCCCAGCCACCAAAAAUAAAUUAUUUUUCCAAUGUAGUGGCUGAAAGGGCCAACUUUAACCACGGAUUUGCUGUUACUGUGGUCAUUUGUAAUGGCCAAAGCCAAUCCCAAGCAUUCUGUUGCUGAAAUUAUUUUUCUAUUAACUUAAUUACAAAUUCUUGAGAUGGGGAUGGAUGGGAGGGAUGGAUCUUUCCAUGCAAUGGAGCUGGAAGUGGUACUGCCAUAAAACCAUGAUUUUUUCUAUCACCAGUUACACCCAGGACAUGUGUGACACUGUAUUCUUUUGGAAUCCAGUAAAUAUCCUUUCUAAAGGAACUCCAGGCAUGAACACAGACACACAUUGCAUGAAAUAAAAACUGUUUCCUGUACUUUGUGAAAUGUUGGUGCUGUUGGGUAGAACUUUAAAAAUUUCUGGUCUGUUUUUCCUUUUCUUGCUACUAUGUACCCUGGUGUUGUGGUUUUAGGUGCAAAAUAGCUUGGUUUUUUAUUUGUUUUUUUUUUAGCAGUAUCUGGUAAUUAGCUUAAUUUCUGUUUUUUAGUUCAGUUAUAGGUUAUAUACAGAAUAAAGUAAAGGAAAAGCUGCAUUACUGAUUUGUGAAGCAAGCUAAGGCAUUUUAAAUGUAAAAUUCCAUAUUAGAAUACACUCAAGCCCAAAAUGAUAACGAAAAUAUAACAAACUAAAUGCAUUAGAACAAUUUCCUUUUUUUUUUAAUGCAGUUUUAGCUUUGUAGCUUGAUUUGUUCACUGUUUUUAGCAGAGGAAAAGCUUUUCUCACACUGAACACUGAGCAAUUGGUGACAGCCCAGCACAGCAGUGGAAAUGCACCAAUGGAGAUGGUCCUGGUCUUCUGCUGUCCUUACAAAUUCUUGUCUCCUCAUCUCACAUGGAAAAUAGUUUAAUGGUGGCAGCUAUUUCUGCAAGGGACAGCUAAUGAAGGCAUUGGGAAAUUCUGUAGAAAAAUAAUGUUCUUUGCAGUCUUUCAUCUGGAAACCCAUUCCAGCAGUGCUCUGUGCAACACCAGAGUGCAUCCUCUCCUCUCCAGCCCCGUCAGGUCACCUUACAAAAAUAUUUUACUGUAGUUCUUUAAGCUUAAAAUGCAGUUGUCUGUUCAGAUUUGUCGUUUCAUUAUGGAGUGUGUCAGAUAAUCCCUCUUACUUUAACAAGAAAAAAAAAAGAAAAAAAAAGGUAUUUUAAACUAGUCCAAAGGUAUGGUCAUAUAUUAUAUGGAUCAUGGGUUUAAGUGUUCUCCAUUUUGGUUUCCACCAUGAACAUCUAAUUCCUGUAACAAUGUUGUAUGUUUAUUUAAAGUAUAUAUAUAUAUAUAUAUAUAUAUAUAUAAAUUAAAUGUCAGAUUUUUGCAUUAAUUAAGAUUUUUUAAAAUUUGAAUAUGAACUUUGAGUACUUUAUUUAAAAAAAAUUAAAAAUACUUUUCCUGGCGUGUUAAGUUUCAGAAUUCAAGACUAUAUUUGUCAAAUUUAAGUUUAAAAUAUGUAGCUAUCAUUGUUUUCUGAUAUUGAAUGUAAAUAUUUGUAAAAAGAAAUUCUUUUGUAUAUUUUUGUGAAAAUGUAGUUCCCCAAAAUAUAAAAAAGAUUUAAUAAAAAAGUGCAUUUAUGUUACUGUUCAA